CCUGUCGGGCAGGAGCAUGGCGUGGAGCGGGCAUCUGGCCAGCCUGGUCGUGGUAGGCGUUCUCCUCCGAGGUGCCGACUCUGCAAACAGUUCAGGGAUCGCCUCGAUUUCCGUGGAGGACGACAGAUCAGAUGGGACCGUCAUGCUCACCUGCAGCGUCAACAAUGAGAAAGUGGAGUGGAAUAAGGAUGGUCAUUUCCUGGGCAACUCUAAUGCGACCUUGAACGUGGGAAGAAUGGUGAAAGACCCUCGGGGCGUGUAUAGGUGUUCAAACACCAACAAUCAACCUCUCCAUUUAUAUUAUCGAAUGUGCCAGAAUUGCAUCGAAUUGAACCCCGGCACCCUGUCGGGCCUCGUCCUGGCCGACAUCCUCGCCAUCUUCUUCCUGGCCGUGGGCAUCUACUGCGUGGCAGGGCAGGACGAGGGGCGCGCAUCCCGAGCUUCUGACAAACAGACUCUGCUGCCAAAUGACCAGCUGUACCAGCCUCUCAGAGACCGGGACGACGGCCAGUACAGCCACAUCGGAGGCGGCGGCCGGCCCCGGAAGAAGUGAAACCUCGAACUCGGGUCCUCCGCCUCUUCCCUCCCGCCGCACCUGGGUCUCCCCUCCCUGAACGGCCAAUAAAGUCGCUCCUGCUCCCUGCCCGGGACUGGGCCCAGGCCCAACCUCUGCUUGGCGUCAGAGGUAGCAUCCUGGGGUCGGAUGGGAACGCUCGGCAUGAGUAGGAUUGUGGGCUGACAUUUCUUUCCAAGUCUGUUUAUUCCUAAUUGCUUUGGAAACCCGAUCGGGAGUCAGGCUGCGCUCUCUUCCCGAAAGACGCUCAAUA